UAUCAGCAUGAUUUGUUUUCGUGAUCCUUGUUAUUGUCAUCAAGUUUUUGUUGUAGGUUACCAAUAUAAUUAAUUUUUUUGUUAUUGUCAUUUUGUAAAAAUUUAUAUUCCAUGACCUAAUUUUUCGUCUGCAGGCAUGAACCGAGUUUGUUCGCCUUAUUUUGAUCCUGAUUAUGAUAGCCUAGCUGAGAGGAUAAAUGGCCCAAAAUGCCGAGUUACUCUUGACAAUGAGAGUCUAGAGAAUUGUACAGUAGUGAAGAUUGAUAGUGUAAAUAAGCAAGGUCUCCUGUUAGAAGUGGUCCAAGUGCUAACAGAUAUGAAUCUCAUUAUAUUGAAAGGCUAUAUAUCUUCAGAUGCUGGAUGGUUCAUGGAUGUCUUUCAUGUCAAAGAUGAGCUCGGUAACAAAGUUACCAAUCAGAGAGUUAUCAACUAUAUUCAGCAGGCCAUUGGUGCAAAUAGGGAGGGAAUAGAGAAAUCAAAGACAGGAAGUAGAAAUUUUUUCAAAUGUGAAUCUCCACCAGAGCCUACAGCAAUUGAAAUGACUGGAAGAGACAGGCCAGGACUAUUUUCAGAGAUAUCAGCUGCCUUAGCUGAUCUCCAUUGCAACGUUGUGGAAGCACAUGCAUGGAGCCACAAUGCACGUUUAGCUUGCGUUGUUUACAUUUCAGAGGAGUCUACUGACACACCUAUCGACCACACUCGCUUGACAGCUAUCGAAGAUCACCUCACCACAGUGCUCCGAGCAACUACUGCUCGGAGCACAAACGAAGAUAAUAUGAGACAACAAGAAGUGAAAACCGCUUAUGGACUUAAUCCAGAAGGAGAAGGCACGGUGACCGAUGUGGAACGUAGACUACAUCAGCUUAUGCUAUCUGUUCGUGAUUUUGAAAGCCCUUCAAACCCGCCUAUAAGUAGUUCUCCAGGAUUAAUGGGGUCUCCAAGAUUAAUUGACAGCACUCAUGAUAAGGAAGAGAAAAUGUUGAGUGUGGGUAUUGAGAAUUGUCAUGAGAAGGGAUAUUCAAUAGUUUCUAUUCAGUGCAAGGAUCGCAAGAGGCUCAUGUUUGAUACUGUUUGCACUCUUACAGAUAUGCAGUAUGUCAUCUUCCAUGCUUCCGUUGAUUCCCGUGGGGGUUAUGCAUUUCAGGAAUAUUUCAUAAGGCAUGUUGAUGGAUAUGCAAUGAGCACAGAAAGUGAGAAAGAAAGAGUGAUAAAAUGCUUGGAAGCUGCUAUUGAACGAAGAGUUUGUGAGGGAAUUCGAUUAGAACUAUGCGCCAAUAAUAGAGUAGGAUUGCUCUCUGAUAUUACUCGGGUUCUUAGAGAGAAUGGUCUAGCUGUUGUUAGAGCAGAUAUAGCAACUGAGGGAGGGAGAGCAAGAAAUAUAUUCUACUUAAGAGACAUUUCUGGUAAUAAUAUAGACAUGAAAUUUGUCAAGUCCAUGAAGACCGAGAUGGGCGAAAUUGAUGUUGCUGUGAAUAACGAGACAACCACAACCACAACAACAACAACAACCAAAACCUCCAUGACACGUGGAAGUUCUUUUCGGUCUCUUGGAGAUUUAAUGAAAUCUCAGUUCGAAAAACUCUCCCACAACUUCGUUGCGAUCUAGUGGUGUCACACGUUAGCCGGUUUAGCAACUAGAUGAUGUACAUUCCUAGAUAUUUUUUGUUGUUUCACAGGGUCAUAGGUAGACAUUGUACAUAUGUAUAACUUGUAAAUUUGUCAAUUGAAUCUAUUCUUGCACAUUUCAAUUUGACAACCCAAGGAUAUUAUCUUUGAAUAAAAGCUUAAAUUUUCCU